AGUUCAGAUGAAACGUAGUCUAAGUAGCAUUAUCCGACAACGGCGGAGUUUUGGCGCCAUCCCCCAAAAAACGCCGAAAGCAAUGGCGUUAGAGCGAGCAAUUCCGGCAGCAACAAGCACAACCUUUCUCGCCAACCCCAAAGUUCCCGCCUUUUUCCCAACUACCAGCCACUUGGCCUUCGCACGGCGCCGUUUCAAUCUCAAAUGCGCGAUGGAGUACAGUAGAGACCAGUACAACGGCAGCGGGAGCAGCAUUCAGGUGCCGAUAACUUUCCCUAGACCGGCGGAGGUCCAGUGGAAAAAGGAGCUGUGCAAUAUGGUGCACCUCAUCGGCGUCGUCGGUCUUCCCGUCGAAAUUAAGCACCUCCCCUCCGGAAAGGUCCUCGCUUGGACCCGCCUCGCCGUCAAGAAGUCCGCCACCGAUACCUCUUGGAUCAAUCUGACAUUUUGGGAUGAGCUUGCACAUGUUGCUUUUCAGCAUGUAGAGAAAGGCCAACAAAUAUAUGUAUCGGGCCGGCUGAUAUCAGAUUCUGUUGAAACCGAUGAAGGGAAGCAGCAGACCUAUUAUAAGGUAGUUGUUCAGCAACUGAAUUUUGUUGAAAAGGGCUUUUCAUCGCCGGCCAUGAAAGAUCACGACUCUGAUUCCUUUACAGCGGGCAGAAAUCUUGGCAGCAAUGCCACAAAGAACAUAACGGAAACCACUCAAGAAUUAUGGCAAGCCUUCUUUGCUAAUCCAGUUGACUGGUGGGAUAAUCGGAAGACCAAGAGGAACCCAAAAUAUCCGGAUUUUAAGCAUAAAGAUACUGGAGAAGCCUUGUGGAUUGAAGGCCGGAACAAUCCGCCAUGGGUGAAGUCCCAACUUGCUAUACUGGAUACAAGAAUGGGGACCCUUAAUGACCAAGAACAUAACCUGCAUACAGAUAUAUUUGAUGGUGAUAGUUUUUCGCCUUUCUAAGUGCUUGUGGUGCUAGCUGUAGGAAACCAGUCUUUGAGGCGUAAUUUAUGUAUAGUCACUAUCAAUUUUUGGUGGAGAUACUGAACAAAUCGGCUUUGUUUCUAUAUUUUGUAAUCUUGAUUUGCAAUUUAUAUGAUAUGCUGGUGAUCUUGCUUUUCA